CGAGGCCAUUCAGGAGUUCUGGAAUAUUGAAAGAGGUUUUCUUCGCGUAUCUUUAGUUUGCUUAUUUAUGCAAUAAACAUUCUUAUAAUUGCAUUGCAUUGCACUGGAGCAAGUUAUGAAGAAAAGUGAUGCAGCACUAGCAGCUCCUCACCCAUCGAAAAAAACGGCGGAAGGUGGAGACCAGAAUGAAGCGCAGCAGAGCUGUGAAUCAGAUCAUCAGUAUCAGAUUACAGCUGGAGAAAAAUCACUGAGUCCAUCACAGAACAUCAGCCAAGAGCGAACUAAAGCAAGUCAAGCCCGGCCGUUCACGUGCCUCCAGUGCGGGAAGACCUUCAAACGCGCCACGGAUGUCAAAGGUCACCUGCGCUAUCACUCAGGCGAGAGGCCUUUCACCUGCGACCAGUGCGGGAAGAAAUUCAUCUUGGCGUCGCACUUAAAAACACAUCUCUCCAUUCAUUCAAACGAGAAGCCUUUCUUGUGCUCUAUCUGUGGCAAGAGUUUCUCACGCCUCUGCACUUUCAAAGAUCACGAGAACAUCCACACCGGCGUGAGAGCGCACACUUGCUCCGAGUGCGGGAAUGCCUUCGUCACGGCCAACGCACUGAAGAUGCACCAGCGAGUUCACACCGGAGAGAAACCCUACAAGUGUUCGCACUGCGGCCGGAGCUUCAGUCACUCGGGAGCGCUGAAGAGACACGAGCGCGUUCACACCGGAGAGAGACCCUACCACUGCCCUCUCUGCGGCCGGAGCUUCACACAGUCCAGUAAUCUGCUGACACACGUCAAGAGACACUGUCCGAAGUCACGCUGAUCAAACCAGGACCACAUGUGAACACAUUCAGAAGUAAAGACAGUAAUCCCCCAGUCACUAGGGAUGUGGCGAUGAACCGCGAGCCGGUUGAAAAUCGAUGCUAAACAAAGUUUAGCUGGUGUUUUUUUCUGUUCAUCUUGCCUCUCUAUAAUGCAUAUUAAAGUUCAGAAAUGCAGUGCUGCUUUGUUUACCGCAGUAACCAAGGAAACACUUUAAGCUCCACCCACUGUGCUGUACGUAAGUGCUUUGUUUACAGCGGUAACCAAGGAAACACUUUAAGCUCCACCCACUGUGCUGUACGUAAGUGCUUUGUUUACAGCGGUUACCAAGGAAACACUUUAAGCGCCACCCGCUGCGGUGUUCGUAAGUGCUUUAUUUACAGCGGUAACCAAGGAAACGCAUUAAGCUCCACCCGCUGCGGUGUUCAUAAGUGCUUUGUUUACAGCGGUAACCAAGGAAACACUUUAAGGGCCACCCGCUGCGGUGUUCGUAAGCGCUUUGUUUACCGCAGUAACCAAGGAAACGCUUUAAAGCUCCACCCGCUGCUGUGUUCAUAAGUACUUUGUUUACAGCGGUAACCAAGGAAACGCUUUAAGCGCCACCCGCUGCGGUGUUCGUAAGUGCUUUGUUUACAGUGGUAACCAAGGAAACACUUUAAGCUCCACCCACUGCAGUGUUCGUAAGUGCUUUGUUUACCGUGGUAACCAAGGAAACGCUUUAAAGCUCCACCCGCUGCUGUGUUCAUAAGUACUUUGUUUACAGCGGUAACCAAGGAAACGCUUUAAGCGCCACCCGCUGCGGUGUUCGUAAGUGUUUUGUUUACCGCAGUAACCAAGGAAACACUUUAAAGCUCCACCCGCUGCGGUGUUCGUAAGUGCUUUGUUUACAGCGGUAACCAAGGAAACACAUUAAGCUCCACCCGCUGUGGUGUUCAUAAGUGCUUUGUUUACAGCGGUAAUCAAGGAAACGCUUUAAGCUCCACCCGCUGUGGUGUUCGUAAGUGCUUUGUUUACCGUGGUAACCAAGGAAACACUUUAAGCUCCACCCACUGCAGUGUUCGUAAGUGCUUUGUUUACAGUGGUAACCAAGGAAACACUUUAAGCUCCACCCACUGCAGUGUUCGUAAGUGCUUUGUUUACCGUGGUAACCAAGGAAACGCUUUAAAGCUCCACCCGCUGCUGUGUUCAUAAGUACUUUGUUUACAGCGGUAACCAAGGAAACGCUUUAAGCGCCACCCGCUGCGGUGUUCGUAAGUGUUUUGUUUACCGCAGUAACCAAGGAAACACUUUAAAGCUCCACCCGCUGCGGUGUUCGUAAGUGCUUUGUUUACAGCGGUAACCAAGGAAACGCAUUAAGCUCCACCCGCUGUGGUGUUCAUAAGUGCUUUGUUUACAGCGGUAACCAAGGAAACGCUUUAAGCUCCACCCGCUGUGGUGUUCGUAAGUGCUUUGUUUACAGUGGUAACCAAGGAAACACUUUAAGCUCCACCCACUGCAGUGUUCGUAAGUGCUUUGUUUACCGUGGUAACCAUGGAAACGCUUUAAAGCUCCACCCGCUGCUGUGUUCAUAAGUACUUUGUUUACAGCGGUAACCAUGGAAACACUUUAAGCUCCACCCACUGCGGUGUUCGUAAGUGCUUUGUUUACCGUGGUUACCAUGGAAACGCUUUAAAGCUCCACCCGCUGCUGUGUUCAUAAGUGCUUUGUUUACAGCGGUAACCAAGGAAAGUCAUUAAGCUCCACCUGCUGGCAGAAAGUGGAUCUGCGUCUCGUUCAGCUCGUCUGUUGUUUCUGUUCUGGAAAGAUAUUUAUGUACAGUUUCACAAAACUGGUUUUGCUUCAGAUUUAAUAAUUAUACAAUCUAAUUUAGAUUAAAAACUGUUCAUGUUGCUUG